CGCGCCGCCGCCGGGCAGGUCUGAACGCAUCCAAGAAUGCCCUGGCCCUUGCUGAAUCUGGCUUCCUUCUUCUGGCUGAUCCCAUAAAGACCGUUUCUUGGCACUAGCCAGAUUGGCCUUGCUACCCGAAGACGGACGAUGGCAAACUCUGUCGGCCAGCAGGGGAAGAGGCAGAACGAGGGCAGCCUGGGCAGCCUGCUGGACUUGCUGCUGGCCAACGCCAGGGUGGUCCUGGGGGUCAGUGGGGCGGCGGUCUUGGCCCUCGCCACACUUGCUGUCAAGAGGUUCAUUGACCGAGCCACCAGCCCACCAGAUGACGACGACGACAUAAAAGCCAAGCAGAAGUCCCUUGAGGAGAGCUGGCAAGAGCUAAGCCUGAUCAAGGAGGUGCCCAAGGUGCGCCGACAAGAUCUCGAGGAGCCGCUGUUAUCCCCGGUCGUACCUGUACCUGCACAAGACUCUAAAGAUCUCAUCCUGUCCUUGGGGGCCUCUUUGGGGCAGCCAAAGUCCCUGCUCUGCCUCACGCUUCAGGAGAAGCUUCUCUCAUUCUACAGAGAUCACAUCUCUGUCUCUGAGACAAAAAAAGCUGUUGGGAAGCAGCUCGCAGAAGACGUCUGUGUGGAGCUGCAGAACUUCCUGAAAAACAAAUCUUUGGAUCUGCCCUUUGGGAAUAUUUUCCUUAGCGGCUACCUUUGUGAUGACCUUGUUGGCUGCAGUCGCCUUGAGGUGGUCUUCAUGCUUCCGUUGGCCCUAGAAGACAACCUUUGGCACCUGAUCCCUGGGGAAGAGACACUCAUGGAUAACUCGUGGUAUGGGAUGAUCAAACGGAGCGGUCUGGAGUAUUUCGCACGAGGGAGUAGCCCUUGGGACAAGUUCAUUGUGGGUGGGUAUCUGUCGUCCAAUACCAUCAAUGAUGCCCUCCGUAAGAUCUUGGUGGCCUCCAUCAACUGGCCGGUCAUUGGCAGCAUGCUGGAAUGCGUCAUCCGGCCUGCAGUGGCUCCCAGGGAGCUCAAGCUGGAAGUCAAACACGAACAGGUCCACCUGGAUGUAACCCUCUGCCCCAUGGUGGAAGCAGAAGGCAAGAUUCUUCUUGCCACAUCUUUUGAAGAACCUGUGGAGAACCUCUGGCAGCAGAGUUUUUAUGCAGCGGAGGUUUCCACGCUGAAAGAUCUGGAUGCUGGAGAUUCCGGCAUCCGGCAAUGUUGUCUCAGCAUCUUGAAGGCCGCCUUUGAAAACCACCCUUUCUGGAGCAAAUUGACUGGCAGCCACUUGAGUCACGUGAUCCUCCACCUGAGCGAAACCAAGCUGGACUGGUCGGAGGGCAGGCUGGCCGAGAGGCUGCAGCAAGUCCUGGAGGAGCUGGUCCAGUGCCUGGCCCGAAGUUCCCUCCCUUGCUUUUUCGAUGGCAGGAUCAACCUCUUCAGCCACCUGCUCUUGGAGGAGAUUGAGGAGAUCGGCUGCACACUGUAUGAGGCUUUGGCCGCGCCGGAUCUUGCGGACGGACUGGGUUUAUGAGGAGAGGACCCGGCGGAGAGAAGACCGUUCCCUUUGGGACGGAGAAGACUUGGAAAGGUUCCACUGACCCUGAUUGCGAUUCUUUGCACCUAAUGAAAUGAAAGUAUUAGCUCUUGAAGUAAAAUGGCCAUUGAUUUUAAGGCCUUCUGUU